CUGACCCAUCCCACUUUCUUCCUCCCGGUCCAACCACCAAAUCCACAAACCUCUUCCACCGGCGCGCCACCUCUUUCCCCCGCGCCGCCUGCUUCCCCCACGCCGCCGCCCCACCUGCCUCCCUCACGCCGCCGCCCCACCUGCCUCCCCCGCGCCGCCUGGCCACCAUCUUCGCCCGCGCCGUUGCCCCACCUCCUUCCCCCGCGGCGCCGCGGCGCCAUCCCGACGACCUCCUAGCUCCCACCCCACGUCGGACCCUCCCUGCGAUGCGGCCGACCUUCUCCUUCCAACCCGCACCACCGGAGACCCGCCCCCGCCGCACGCCGCCGAAGCCCCACCCCGCCACCUACCACCACGCCCCGCCUCUUCCCCUGCAGCACCUUCCCGUGGCGUCGUCCCCUACUUCCUGUGGCCAUGCCGGUGCCCUAGCCCCGCCUGCGCCACUAGCACGGAUUUGACCCGCCUCCAUCACCCUUCGGACGAAGGCCUCCCCAGCAGUUAGAUCCGCCUCUCCCAUGGUCGGAUCCGCCUCUCCCAACGGCCAGAGCCCUCUCUCACUGGUAGCCGUCGCCCCUGCUUCUCCACCGCCGGAGAAGGGGAGGGCAGCGGAUUAGGCCGAGAAGCAGUCGAGGAGAUGGGAAGAGCAGUGACGGGGAGGCGACACUUCUUCUCCAACCAGAUCGAGCAGUGGUUUGAGGUGCCCCAAUGUGUCGUGCGUACCUCCCCUUGCUCCCCCGUUCGCUCACCGCCGCCAAGAUCCGGCACCUACCUUCCUCUCUCGAGCUUCUCUGCAGAUGAGCAUGGGGAGUGCCUCCCUGUGAGCACCGGCUCCGUCCGCGGGAUCUCAACUCCCCCCUCUCUCAAUGGAUCCAUGGUGGGGCAGUCCGGCAUGCGCACGCGUGCAGCACGGUUGUGGCGUCGAGGCAGCUCAUGUUGUUCCUUCAGCUUGGUUUGUGUGCGUAGUGCAGUUUGUUGCUACGGGUGGCUGGCAUCAACGUGCCUCCAGGAGCAGCCCACUCCUCAACUCGUCAUAGUUCCCUGGCGGUGGGAGAGAAGUGCAGUGCUCUAUGGUGCUCUCUUUCACGGGAGCAGGUGGUCAUCCGCUGCGGUGCAGCUCAAAAACAUGUGCCAGGCAGUUCUGUGCUUUGGCCAGGCGACGACGAGUGUUGCCCCCGGUCAACGCCAUUGUGCCUCCUUCUGCCGAGUGCAGUACUGACCUCACUACAGUACAUAUUUCCAGUGCAUGCAGCUCGCAACCCGCCAAUGUGCCAUGCAGCAAAACUUCUGCAGUUUUUUUGUUCUUUUGUUCCAAAAUUCAUAUGGUUGUGCUCAUAAAGAAAAACUUCUAUAGAGAAAAAAUAAAGAGGAAGUACAGUGCA